AUGAAACUAACGUGCCAUUCUAUUUCUUUGUCUCCAGCAAGGAUCUCCAGAGCUCCAGAUGUGAUGGAGAACUGCACUGUAUUUACUGAGUUCAUUUUCGUUGGACUUUCUAACAGACAGGAUGUGCAGCUUGGGCUCUUUGUGUUCUUUCUCUUUGUAUAUAGCACAACUGUGAUUGCCAACAUAGGGAUGAUCCUGCUGAUUAAGACAGAUACUAGACUCCACACUCCUAUGUACUAUUUCUUGAGCAACCUGUCUUUAUGUGAUGUCUGUGUAUCCUCUCCUGUCUCUCCCAAGAUGCUGGCUCAUUUCUUGUCUGAGAUAAAGAGGAUCCCAUAUACUGUAUGUCCCAUACAAAUGUUUGUUUUUUGUAUGUUUGGUGAUGUGGAAAUUCUCGUGUUGGCUGUGAUGGCAUAUGACCAUUAUGUAGCUAUUUGCAAUCCACUCCUUUAUACAGUAGCCAUAUCUAGGACACUCUGUACUGUACUAGUUUUUCUCACCUACAUCAUGGGCCUCGUAGAUUCAGCAGUUCACACCUGCUUAGCUUUUUGGUUGUCAUUCUGUAAAUCCAAUAUCAUCAAUCAUUUCUAUUGUGACUUACCUCCUAUGUUUGCUCUUGCCACCUCAGAUACAUUUAUUAAUGAGAUGAUGCUAUUCAUACUUGGUACCAUUAUUUUUGGUGUCAGUGUUUUCACAGUCCUCCUCUCUUACAGCUACAUUAUUGUUACUGUCCUUAGAAUGAAAUCAGCUGAGGGGAGACGCAAAGCCUUCUCUACCUGUGCUUCCCACCUAUGCACAGUGGCUAUCUUCCAUGGCACACUUCUCUACAUGUAUUUGCGACCCAGCUCCAGUUACUCCAUGGACACUGACAAAAUUACCUCUGUUAUCUAUAUGGUUAUCAUCCCUAUGAUAAACCCAUUGAUCUAUAGCUUAAGGAAUAAGGAUGUGAAAGGUGCCCUGAAAAAAACAAUCAGUACUAAAUUAUGUCCUCAGUAA